AUGGAUCCUCUAAUUAUCCAAGGAGAAUCAUCUACAUCUUCCCACUUCACUUAUGAAGUAUUCCUGAGUUUUCGAGGUGAAGACACCCGAAAAACAUUCACGGGUCAUCUUUAUUCCAAAUUACGUGAUGUUGGAAUUAAUACCUUCAUUGAUGAUGAGGAAUUGAGAAAGGGUGACGUGAUUUCAAGAGAAUUAGAGAAAGCAAUUGAAAAGUCAAGAAUUUCCAUUAUUGUUUUCUCAAGAAAUUAUGCUUCCUCUAGUUGGUGUCUAAAUGAACUAGUUAAAAUUCUUGAAUGCAAAGAGAAAUUAAAGCAGAUGGUUUUCCCUAUUUUCUAUGAUGUUGAUCCUUCUGAGGUGCGAAAACAAACUGGGUUAUUUGGAGAAGCUUUGGCUAAACACAAGGAACGACCGCUUGGAGCUCAAAGGGUGGAGAAAUGGAGAGCUGCACUUACUGAAGCU